AUGCUGAGUCCCGAGAGACGUCCGUCUAUGGCCGAGAGAAGACCUUCUAUACUUGUGCCACAUAUCGAUCAUAAUAGGGACGGUUCGAGCGUUGUGCAUACGCUGAUGGUGCCACAUCUUGCUGGUAUUGAGGACCCGCUACCAGAGGCCACACCAGAGGAAGUGGACGUGGUUAUCAUUGGUACAGGUAUGGUGGAGAGUGUGUUGGCAGCGGCGUUGUCCUGGCAAGGAUCCUCUGUGUUGCAUAUAGAUAAGAACGAUUACUACGGAGACACCUCGGCUACGCUGACUGUGGACCAGAUAAAGAAGUGGGUGAAUGGGAUUAACUCCGGUGAGGUUAAAGGUUACACUAAUGCAAAACUGUACGUGUCCACCCUAAUAGGGCCCAACAGGUAUGCCUCCCGCGAUUUCGGUAUCGAUUUAUCCCCAAAGGUGCUGUUCGCCAAGUCAGACCUGUUAUCAAUACUGGUGAAGUCCCGUGUGUACCAGUACUUGGAAUUCCAAUCCUUAUCGAACUUUCACACCUACGAAAAUGACUCCUUCGAAAAACUGACCAACUCAAAACAAGAGAUAUUCACCGACCAGAAACUACCUCUAAUGACUAAGAGAAACCUCAUGAGAUUUAUCAAAUUUGUGUUUAACUGGGAACAACAACCUGAGAUAUGGCAACCGUACCAGGACAGAACUUUGGAAGAAUUUCUAACGGAGAAAUUCAAGUUGGAGAAAGCUCAAAUCUCUGAACUUAUUUUCUCUAUCGGUCUGUGCUACAACAUGAACGCAAAGAUGCCUGCAGUAUUCCAGAGAAUACGUAGAUACUUGUCGAGCUUUGACGUCUACGGCCCAUUCCCAGUAUUAUACUCGAAAUAUGGUGGCCCUGGUGAAGUAUCACAGGGUUUCUGUAGAUCUGCAGCUGUUGGUGGCGCUACAUAUAAGUUGAACGAGCAACUAGUAUCAUAUAACCCAUCCACUAAAGUGGCUACUUUCUCGGAUGGCAGUAAUGUAAAAGUAACUGAAAAGGUGAUUGCCUCACCAACCCAAGCACCUCCAGAUUCCCAAAACAUUCCACAACAAAAAUACGAAGUUCAUAGAUUGACUUGUAUUGUCGACAAGCCAUGUCUAGAAUGGUUCAAUGAAGGGGAAUCGGCUGCGGUAGUAGUUUUUCCUCCAGGUUCUUUGAAAUCAAACAACACUGAAGUUGUCCAAGCUCUAAUUCUCGGUCCAGGUAGUGAAACAUGCCCUGCUGGUACCUGCAUAUGGUAUUUAUCUACCAGUCAGCAAGGCUCGAAGGCUGAACUGGACCUUGACGCUGCUUUGGAGGCAAUGGAAAUUUCAAUUCUACGUGAAUCCUCCAGUGAUUUGGAGAACAAUGAUGACAUAGUCCAAUUUUCGGUAAACGGACAAACUAUAAUUAAUUCUGUGAAACUAGGACAGUCGUUCAGAGAAUAUAUUCCAAGAGAGAAACUUCAAUUUCUAUUCAAACUAUACUACACACAAUUUACAUCAACACCACCAUUUGACGUCGUUAACCCCGCACUUUUUGCCACAAAUACGAGCUCAAAGGAACUCAUGAUCCCUGGUGCUAGCGAUAAUGGCAUCAUCUACUCACCAAUGCCCUCUGUUGAGAUAUCUUACGAUGAAGUGAUAACCGCCGCAAAGGUACUGUACGAGAAAAUUGUAGGUAGUGACGACGACUUUUUCGAUGUAGAUUUCGAAGAUGAAGAUGAGAUGAGAGAAAUUGCUGCUAAUGCAGCUUCAAAUGAUAUGACAAACAAUAAAGUGGGUUCACAACAGACCAAUGCAGGCAUUGCUAACCCCAUGAUUUACGAAAACGCAAUUGUCGACGAAGAUGAUGACUCUCAAGAUGUUGAAAUGGAUAGAAAUGAUGACUCAGAGUUUGUUGGAGAAAUGGAGAUAUGA